ACGAUUGAAGACGAGAAGGAAAGCCGACUCGAGUGUGCGUGUGCGUGUGCGUCAGUCUCCGGGAUCUUGUAAACGGGAUUGCUUGCGUGCGGGGUGAGGAUGCUGCGUUUGCGGACGCCGUCAAAGUGAAGAGUCGUUUGCAUUCGCUUGAGAUGGACGCGCAUCUUUGGACCGCUGCUUGUGCGCGGAUGCUGCGAGUGAGCGUGGAGGAGGUGGAGGAGGAGGUGAAGGAGGUGUGCACAGCGUGGACGAGCGCCGAGUCUUGUUGUUCUCUUGCCUCUCACGGAUGAAAAUCACAGCUCUUCCCUCGGAAAGUUUUGGCAGCACGGAUGGAGCGGGGCGGCGUGUGCGUGCGUGCCUGCGUGCGUGCGUGUGAGUUAAUUGCCCCAUCCGGAGGCGGCGUGAUGUGAUGCAUGCUCAGGCUGGAGGGGGACGCAUCCGGCACCGGCACUCCCGGGGACCACAGGUGUCCCUCUGGCGAACAGUGACUCCAAAUCCCAAAAUGCCGCAGUGUGGAUAGAGAGGAUUCCCGGUGGGACCCCAACCCUCGUCUCCCUCUCCGCAUCAUUCCUUCUCCACCCGCACCCCCGAUCCACCAACUUCUCCUACUUGCUCCUUCCAAGCAAGCCACCUCCUCCCCCCACAGCACACAUGCAGGCCAGGAAGGGGUACCUGCUCGUGUCAGUGGGGGUCGCGCUUCUCUUCCUCGUCUACCAGUGGGCUCUGCAAAUCGCCGACUUGGAGCAGCAGCAGCAGUUGGAGCGCCACCAGUUUCCCCGGUACCCCGACCAUCAUCACCAGUAUCAGAACCCCCCCAGGCACUGGCCCGAGUUGACCCAGCUGCUGGGACCCUACCUGGAGGGGGGGGAGCAGGAGGAGGACAGUCCUCGAGUCCACCACCAGCACAGCUCGCCCAGGGAGCGGCGCUCCAUCUGGGACAACCUGUACAAGAACAAGCGCUGCCGCAUGGAAACCUGCUUUGACUUCGCCCGCUGCCAGCCGGACUUCGGAGUCUACAUUUACCCUUCACAGAGGGGGGACGAGAUCUCUGCCACCUACCGCAAGAUCCUGGCCUCUAUUGAGGAGUCUCGCUUCCACACCACGGACCCCCUGAAGGCCUGCCUGUUUAUUCUUGCCGUGGACACCUUGGACAGGGACCGUCUGUCGGCCCAAUAUGUCCAGAACGUGAGGAAGCGCAUCCAGAACCUUCCCACAUGGAACGACGGCAGGAACCACCUGAUAUUUAACCUCUACUCCGGCACCUGGCCGGACUACACAGACGAUCUGGGCUUUGAAGUGGGCCAGGCCAUGCUGGCUAAGGCCAGCGCCGACGUGGCCAACUUCCGCCCCAGCUUUGACAUUUCCAUCCCCCUGUUCUCCAAAGACCACCCACUCAAAGCCGGGGGCACCAAUCCCACGGUGGCCCACGCCGCACCCUCCUCCAGACCGUACCUGCUGGUCUUCAAAGGGAAGCGCUACCUGACGGGAAUUGGCUCCGAGACCAGGAAUGCUUUGUAUCACAUCCACAACGGGGACGACAUGAUCCUGCUGACGACGUGUAAGCACGGGAAGGACUGGGAGAAGCACAAGGACUCGCGCUGCCUUCGGGACAACCAAGAAUACUCAAAGUUCGACUACCAGGAGCUGCUCCACAACGCCACCUUCUGCUUGGUGCCGCGGGGCCGACGUCUGGGCUCCUUCCGCUUUCUGGAGGCGCUGCAGGCGGCGUGCGUUCCCGUCAUCCUCAGCAACGGCUGGGAGCUUCCCUUCUCCGAGGUCAUCGACUGGAAGAAAGCCGCCAUCGUGGGCGACGAGAGGCUGCUGCUGCAGGUUCCGUCCGUUACCCGUUCCGUGGACCGCGACAGGAUCCUGGUUCUACGCCAGCAGACCCAGUUCCUCUGGGACGCCUACUUCUCCUCCGUAGCCAAGAUCGUCUUAACCACUCUGGAGAUCAUCCGUGACCGUGUGGACUGGCACGUCUCCAGGAACCGGCUGAUGUGGAACUCCCUGCCGGGUGGUCUCUAUGCACUCCCUCAGUACUCGGCUGACCCCGCACGCUUCCCCUUUUACUACGCCAGCCUGGGUGAAAGCCCACUGCAGCAGUUCACCGCCGUGAUCCACAGCGUCAGUCCCCUGCAGUCCCACGUGUCUCCUGUGGUGAAGCUCAUCAUCGCCGUAGCCAAGUCCAAGUUCUGUGCACGGAUUGUGGUUUUAUGGAACAGCGACAAGCCUUUACCCCCCAGGACCAAGUGGCCCUCCACCAGCGUGCCUCUCAAGGUCAUCCAAGGACAGACCAAGACCAUGAGCAGCCGAUUUGCCCCCCAUGACGUCAUCCUCACGGACGCCGUCCUGAGUCUGGAUGAAGACUCUGUUCUCUCCACCAAUGAGGUGGAUUUUGCCUUUAUCGUGUGGCAGACCUUCCCGGAGCGCAUCGUGGGUUACCCUGCCAGGAGCCACUACUGGGACGCCGCCAGGUCCUGCUGGGGCUACACCUCCAAGUGGACCAACGACUACUCCAUGGUGCUGACGGGGGCCGCUUUCUACCACAGGUACUACCACUACCUGUUCAGCCACUACGUCCCCGCCAGCCUGCUGGCCAUGGUGGACCGCAUGGUGAACUGCGAGGACAUCCUGAUGAACUUCCUGGUGUCGGCCGUCAGCAAGCAGGCGCCCAUCAAGGUGACGCAGAAGAAGCAGUACAAGGAGACCAUGAUGGCGCAGGGCUCCAAGGUGUCCCGCUGGGCCGACCCGGACCACUUCGCCCAGCGUCAGACGUGCAUGAACGCUUUCAGCCGCUGGCUGGGCUUCAUGCCUCUGCUGCACUCGCAGAUGAGACUGGACCCGCUGCUGUUCCGGGACCAGGUGUCCAUCCUGAGGAAGAAGUACCGGGACAUCGAGAGGCUGUGAACGCACCCCCUCUAGACGCCCAUACGUGGACACACCGCCGCACCACGACAUGGGCGUGGGAGCCGCUCACGUCGGCACGUGGAAAACAACCUUUCCCUGGACCGGACUGGACCGGACCAUGGGUCCUGUGUACUAUUGUAGACCUGCAGCCCCCCCCCCCCUUCCUGUCUGUAUGAACAAAGGAGAAAUAAA